CCAUCUUCAACUGUACUGUACACAUCACUGACUCGGUAGAUAGACACCGAUAAGAGUGCGAAAGUACUAGACGACAAACUCACGACUCCCAAAUCUAUGCGAAGAAAUCAUUCCCUACUUUCAAACCACACGAUAAAAAAAAAAAUUCAAAGUGUGUCAACGGCCUUCGUAAUUCUGAUCGGACGAUAUUGGACCAAUCUCAUCCCGUUUUCUCCACCAAAUCACUUCCCUGCCUGCCAUCAUUGAUUGUGGAUACACCAUUAUCAUUAUGAAUAUCCAUAAAUAAGUUCGUAUUUGACGACAACAGGGACAGUUUGGUCCAAAGAUUACAACCCAACGAAGCGACUGUCACGAAAUCUUAACGCUUCACCACUUCACAUUUGACUGCAUUUGACAGGUAAAAAAUUUUAAGAUAAGAAGAGAACUGAAGGAAUAUGCUGUUUCCUGCUAAUACAAAACCGUAGGGUAGGAGAGGACACGUUUCAAACGUAUCUCCAAUUAAACACAGGAAGUUCGGCAACACGUGGUUUCUGAGGAAACCCUUUUGUCUGAAUUUACACUUUCACAUUUUUUUUUUAAAUUUUUUUUGAGGCUUUUGACUCUCAUUGAGGCACAAACAUAAUAAAGAGAAACACCCAUUUAUUCAUUUUUUCCUUCUUCUUCUUCUUUCCCUUGUUGCCGGAAGUUGUUAGCGUGAGGUUGAGACUUGUUAAAAAAAUGGAGGACCAGCAAAGUGAUGACUGGCUACCACCUGGAUGGAAAGUGGAGGCGAGACAGAGAAGGAGUGGUAAAAAAGAUAAGUGUUACUAUGCUCCCUGUGGUGAACUUAGAUUCUUUUCCAGGGCAGAGGUGUCUCGCUAUCUUGACAAUUGUGGUUCUAAAACAGAAGAGAAGGAAAAAGGCUCUGGCAAGCAAUCUUCAAAAAAUAUUACGGUUGAGAAGGCUGCAGCAGAAGGGUUACCUCCAGGAUGGACUAAGGAAGUGAGGAUAACAAAGAGGGCAAAUAGAGUCAGAAAAGAUCCAUUUUACACUGAUCCUGUGAGUGGAUAUGUAUUUCGUUCCAUGAAGGAUGCACUUCGUUAUGUUGAAACUGGGGAGCUUGGAAGGCUUGCAUUCAAGCCUAAGGACAAAGGCAGCAAUGAUGAGGACUUUGAAGAUGAUAAUAUCUGUGAGCCUGCAAUUGUCGAGGGACAGAAGGUAGCUGUGAAUGGAACAACUGAUGAAACUGAGAAACAGAGUGCAGAACAGGUUUCAAAUUUGAGUGGGAGAAUAAAGGAAGAAGAGAUGCUUACUUCUGCCAGUACAGGAGGACAGACAUCCCUCUCUAAACACACUCCUGAUCAGCAUAAAGGUGCUGAAUUGAGCAGCUUGAUCCUGUCAGAAGCUAAAGGCUCUGAGCAAAUAGGAGUAAAAGAUUCUAAAGAAGGUGUGCAUGCUUCAGGCAAUGUAGUCGGAGUUCUCUUAGAUAAACAGUCUAGAGAAAAUGGAAUGACAAAGGAUGAAACUGAAAAAACCCAAGAGGGAAGGGGCAAGACCAAGCUUAAAAAAGCCCUUAAUAUUCCUCGACGAGCUUCCAAGCGACUUGCUGGUGUUGCACUUGAUCCAACACCAGAAAUAAAAACUACUAGAGCUCGCCGAUCUUCAAUUAAGCAAUUAAGUGAAAUAGUACCUGAUGCAGCUGAGAAUUCUUUCCCUGUUAGCUGUAUCCAUAGGGCCUCCAAACAGCCUGAUCAACUUGAGUCUGCUCUGGAAACAAGCUUCGCCUUUGAUGCUUCUAAGAGUAAAGAACUGAUACUGGCACCAAAUAACAUUCUUUCUCCUUGGGACAUGCUAGCAGUGAACAGUCAUGUUGGAAAUUUAGAAACAAAAGAUGAUGAAGAUAAAGGUGUUUUGCCUCUGGGGAAUGCUGCUAAUCCAGGAGUACAUUCUGGAAAGGUUGAACGUGAUAAAGCUAGUGACGUGCUAGGAUCCCUUGUUGAUAUGCCUCUUGCAGAUUUAUGGACAGAUCCAUGCAUUGCGUUUGCCAUUCAAACGCUCACUGGAAUACCCUGUGAUACUCCAAAAAUCUCUGAGUCAAACAGUAGUAAAGUUCCAGGGGUUCUGGCUACUCCAGAAGUUCAUGCUGAAAGGGAUGAAAAUGGAUAUAGGAGUGUUGAAAAACAUGAUUGUGGUAUCAAUAUGCCUAUAGCAGACCCGGCUAUUCAGAAAGAACAUGCUGGAAAGGUUGAAAAAGGCCAGAAGACUGAUGAGACACUUUGGCCAUCCCUUGAUAUGCCGAUGGCAGAUAUAUGGGCAGACCCUUGCAUCGAAUUUGCAAUAAAAACUCUCACUGGGGCAAUUCCCGUUGAGUACGAUCUGGAGAAUCAGGAUUAUUUUAAGCAGCAACCGAGCUCUUCACUGACCCAAUCCAGUAAUCACUUUACCCUGCCAGAUGUUGAUAAAGUGAAAAAAAGAAUGCAGAUCCAGGUAAAAUGUAGCUGUGGAGCAGAGAACUGCCCUGAAUGGGCAAUAAUCGAAUUGCAAGGCGUGGUUGAAGUGCAGCCUUCCUUCCAAGAUUCUCUCCAAAACCUACGAAUCGGACAGCUUUGCCGCCCUUCUUCCCAGGAGAAUUACACUUUCACGGUCGGGUAUCAUGAAUUAACAGGCUCAAAAGUGGCCCUGAAGAAGCCCAUGUUGGUUCUCAAGAAAAUCAAGUGCAUGGGCACCGACCAAAGUGAUGAGGCUACUUCUUCAUCAAGGGUGGAGCUCGAUGUUGUUGGAAUAAUUCGCCACAAGAUUUUGUUCAAGAACAGGCCCAAGGCCUUGAUUUCUGGACCACAGCCUGUCGUUAAGGGAAAGGCUAAUGCUGCAGCAGCUGCUACACAAAAGCAAUCAGUAUGAAAUCCAAUGACGGUAUUUUGGACAAUUAGAGCAGUUUAGUUUUGUAAGAG